AUGAGCACAGAGGAGGGAGAGGCGGGUCCAGCUUGUGGGGAGGAGAGGAAGGGGGAACCGCAGGAACUGGACGGCACCACCAUCAACAUCACCCACCGCCACACCUGGGAGGAAGGAGCGCCACGAGGCUCCCAAGGACGCCCUCACCCCGAUGAUGAGGACGAGGCAGAGCCGGGAGAGGAGGAGGAAGAGGAGGAAGAAGAGGGCCGGGAUGCUUGUGAGGAGGACGCAGGGAAAUUCAACAACGAGGGGAAUUGUUCCAGUGAGGAUGGGGAGGUCGGGGGCAGAUCGUGCAAAGCUCAGGCGAUGCAUUCAAACUGCAGCAGUGAAACCUGCAUCCCCACUCCCAGCUGCCGGAUCUGCUUCCAAGGCGCAGAGCAGGGCGACCUGUUGAACCCGUGUCGCUGUGACGGCUCGGUGCGCUACACCCAUCAGCACUGCCUGCUGAAGUGGAUCAGCGAGCGAGGCUGUUGGACCUGCGAGCUGUGCUGCUACCGUUUCCACGUAAUCGCCAUCAACAUGAAGAGACCGUGGCAGUGGCAGUCCAUCACCAUCACCCUGGUGGAGAAGGUUCAGAUCAUUGCGGUAUUUCUGGGCUCUCUCUUCCUGGUUGCCAGUAUCUCCUGGCUGCUGUGGUCGGCCCUCAGCCCGCAGGCCGUCUGGCAGCGGCGGGACGUCCUCUUUCAGAUCUGCUAUGGCAUGUAUGGCUUCAUGGACCUGGUCUGCGUAGGCUUGAUUGUCCAUGAGGGGGCAGCAGUGUACAACGUCUUCAUGCGUUGGCGGGCCGUCAACCUCCACUGGGACGUGCAGAGCUACGACAAAGCUAAAGACAUGGAGGAGACAAGCACUGGCCAUUCCUCGUUGUCCCCCAGGACACUUUGGUUGCCUCUGUCCACCUUUGGACCCAACGGCCCUUUACACCCCACCCAGCUGGGGCCACAGCCAUGGACUUGCCUUUGUUUGGCCCCCUUCUGCCCGGGCCUGGUGCCCCGAAACAACCUCAGCCAGGACAGUGACUCAGGAGAGGUCGUAAUUCGUGUAACAUCGGUGUAA